GGGGCUGCCGUUGUGCUGGCGCUGGGCGCGGCCCUGCUCAACGUGCGCAUCCCGGUGCUGCUGGGCCAGCUGGUGAACGUGGUGGCCCGAUGUGCCCGCGGCCACGUUCCCACCUACCUGCGGGAGGUGCGGCGCCCGGCCCUGCGCCUGCUCGCCGCCUACUGCCUGCAGGGCCUGCUGACCUUCGGCUACAUCGCGCUGCUGGCCCGCGUUGGCGAGCGGGUGGCCGGCAACAUGCGCAAGGCGCUCUUCAGCACCCUGCUCAGGCAGGAGGUGGCCUUCUUCGAUGCCACGCGCACGGGACAGCUGGUGGCACGGCUGACGGCCGACAUCCAGGAGUUCAAGUCUUCCUUCAAGCUGGCCAUCUCCCAGGGCCUGCGCAGCGGCACCCAGACCGCGGGCUGCUUCGUGUCGCUGUACCUGCUCUCGCCCAAGCUCACCGGGCUCCUGCUCGUGGCGCUGCCAGCGCUGGUGGGCGCCGGCGCCGUCAUCGGCGCCUUCCUGCGCGGCCUCUCCCGCCAGGCACAGGAGCAGGUGGCCAAGGCCACCGUGGUGGCCGACGAGGCGCUGGGCAACGUGCGGACGGUGCGCGCCUUUGCCAUGGAGGAGCAGCAGGCACGGCUGUUCUGUGCCGAGGUGGACCGUGCCGGGUGUCUGAGCGAGCAGCUGGGGCUGGGCAUCGCCGCCUUCCAGGGGCUCUCCAACCUGGCGCUCAACGGCAUCGUCCUGGGAACCAUCUUUGUCGGUGGCUCCCUGAUGGCUGGAGACCAGCUCUCACCUGGUGACCUCAUGUCCUUCCUGGUGGCCUCGCAGACGGUGCAAAGGUCCUUGGCCAACAUCUCCAUCCUGAUGGGCCAGGUGGUGCGGGGUCUGAGCGCUGGCGCCCGCGUCUUCGAGCUGCUGAGACUGGAGCCCCUGGUGCCCCUGGAGGGGGGAGCCUCCAUCCCUGCCCACUCCCUGCGUGGACGCAUCUGCUUCAACCACAUCUCCUUCAGUUAUCCCACCCGGCCGGGCUACCCUGUCCUGCAGGACUUCAGCCUCACGCUGCCCCCCUGUCAGACCGUGGCCAUCGUGGGCCCCUCUGGAGGAGGGAAGUCAACGGUGGCAGCGUUGCUGGAGCGCUUCUACGAGCCCACAGCAGGAACCAUCACCCUGGACGGGCAGGACAUCGCCGGCCUGGACCCCUCCUGGCUGCGGGGGCAGGUCAUUGGCUUCAUCAGCCAGGAGCCGGUGCUGUUCGGCACGACCAUCAUGGAGAACAUCCGCUUUGGGAAGCCCGAGGCCUCCGACGCCGAGGUGUUCGAGGCCGCCCGGCUCGCCAACGCCGACGGCUUCAUCCGCAGCUUCCCCGAGGGCUACGGCACCGUCGUGGGCGAGCCCGGCGCGGCGAUGGGCUGAGGCUGCGGGGCUCCG